GUUUUCGCGUACAUACACUUCAGGGGAAAGGGGACUGCCCAGAUCGAGGGAGAACGCAGUGCUCACUGCUGUGCGCGCCCAUGUAAAUGUCAACUGAAGCACAUUAAUGCAAUAAUAUCAUCAAAUCAUAACUACAGCUAACAUCAAUUCGUUGAAUACGUUGUGACAUCAGAAUAUUUUAGAAAUUCAGCAAAUUUACACAACUUUCUCACCAUGGAUGGUCCUGGUACUAUCACAUGGGAAGAGUUCGUUAAAAAUGCCGAAGAUAUGAUAAAAGUUUCUGCCAGAAUUUCUGAUGGCUGGGAAUUUUUAGGGGAAAAGGACGUUACUGGAGAAGCAUACUUGAAGCGAGUUGAAAAACACAUGCUACCUUCGAAUCAUUCUAUUUUUCUCGAUGAUACAAGCUUAGAAAACGAGGAUGAAGUAGAAAAGGAUCCAUUUGAAUUUGAUGCAGAUGGCAACGAGAAAUUAAGGCCAUUAAUAAUAGAGCAUAAUAUAUUAUGGUCAGAAAGUUAUGGUGUUCCAGUAAUUUAUUUCAAUGGAUGGAAAUCUGAUUACGUUAAUUGCAACGGGGUCAGCUGCGAAGAGGCACAACAAUUUUCCUGCGACGAAGCCGACAGACUGGGCUACGGUGAAUUGUCGCAAGCCAUUCACCCGAUUCGCAAGCAACCGUACCUUUGGCUUCAUCCCUGUGCUUCAAGCAAAUUAAUUCAGAACACGAGCAAUAGCUCCAACAAGUUGGUAAGUUGGUUGAGUAGCAUCGCAGCACGGGCUCUCGGGCUAAGAGUCAAGCCCGAAUACUACCAGUUGACGCUGAACGACAACAUCGCCACUAAUGCAUCUCUGCGGCACGUGUAA